AUUCUUGCAAAUUAUAACGUACCGGAAGAUCUAAUGUACAUAGGAAAUCUCCUUGCCUGUUCACAGAACAACCUGACAGACGGGGAAGAAGAUCUGCCUGAAGACACUUUCUCGCUGUUGUCGGUGCUUCUAGUUGCAAACACUCAAAUCGAUUCUCCACUAGCCCAGUUUGUUCGACCGAUUCUUUCAGGAUUUCUCUUCCUGAUCUUGAUAUUUUUAUCCGUCGCGGGCAACAUUUUAGUCUGCGUGGCAAUUUACACGGACCGCGGUUUACGGAGGAUAGGGAAUUUAUUCCUGGCCUCCCUCGCUAUAGCCGACCUGUUCGUCGGUUGUCUGGUUAUGACAUUCGCCGGGGUGAACGAUCUUCUUGGCUAUUGGGUGUUUGGACCGCGAUUCUGCGACACCUGGAUCGCUUUUGACGUUAUGUGCAGCACUGCCUCUAUUCUGAAUCUUUGCGCAAUCUCGCUCGAUCGUUACAUCCACAUAAAGGACCCGCUCAGAUACGGCCGUUGGGUGACAAGGAGAGUCGCGGUUGCUGGGAUCGCUAUCGUAUGGUUGCUCGCAGGACUCAUAUCCUUCGUGCCGAUCAGCCUAGGCCUUCACCGAGCGGAUGAGCCCGUAAUUUACGACGAUGGUAAAGAAGAACAUCCUAUGUGCGCCUUAGACCUCACACUCACCUACGCGAUAGUCUCCUCUUCUAUAUCUUUUUACGUGCCCUGCAUCGUAAUGCUGGGGAUUUAUUGCAGGCUCUAUUGCUACGCACAGAAACACGUGAAAAGCAUCCGCGCAGUAACGAAACUGCCGGACACCUCAAUGGCCAAGAGUUUUCGUGCGAAAAGCACACGCAACAAACCACCAAAACCACAAACAAAAACGAAGCCAACAAGCCCUUAUCACGUGUCCGAUCAUAAAGCUGCUAUUACAGUGGGUGUAAUUAUGGGCGUUUUCUUAAUAUGCUGGGUACCCUUUUUCUGCGUAAAUAUCGUCGCUUCAUAUUGCAAGACCUGCAUAUCAGUCCGAGCGUUCCAAGUACUCACUUGGCUCGGCUACAGCAACUCGGCCUUCAAUCCGAUCAUCUACAGCAUCUUCAACACAGAAUUCCGAGAGGCGUUCAAGAGAAUUCUUACGAAAGGUGCGAGAGCCCGAGGGAACCAACCGUCGACCAGCGAAUGCGGAGAAUUUCGAUCCGUGGUUGUACAAAAACGGAACGGGUCUAUGGUCGAAUGUAACAUUAGUCCAAGAUCAAGCGCGGACAGCUGUCAGGUCGGAAUAAUGGCGCAGAGGCAUCGCGAUACUAUCGUUAGUUCCCAUACGGUCAUAUGGGUGGAACAAAAUUUACGAACACUUAGAACCAUUAACUCGCCGUUCCAUCGUUCAGGAAAAACGUUGCAAAAAUCUGCAAAUACUUUUCGAGAUAUCGAAUUCAUUAUCGAACUUUUCCUCGAGACAGGUGCUAACGUGUCGCCAAAACUGUUGCGCAACCCGUCGAAUCUAACUCAAAUCUGCGUCACUUAUAUGAGCGAGAAAAAUCCUUGCGAACCGAUGCUCAUUGAGCCUCUUCCAUCAUCUAUAUCAGCGAUUCACAAUGUGUACUACAUUCCGAUAAACGAAAAGUUACACUUAGGAUACCAUAAUUAG